AUGGGCUCCUCCAUCAUCGACAUCCAGCGCGACAUCAUCCUCAACACGAUCCGCAAUGUCGUUGGCAAUGACUGGAAAGUUUUGGUGGUGGAUGAGGCCAGCCGAAAGCUGAUCAACAGUGCCGUGAAAGAUGAAGAGAUCCUGAACCUGAAUGUCUCCAACAUCGAACAAAUUGAGAACCGCCGGCAGCACAAUCCGGACAUGAAUGCGCUAUACAUUCUGUCACCGCAGUCAUGGAUUGUCGAUUGCUUGAUGGCGGACUUCGAGGUUGGGCGAUAUAAGAAGGCGUACUUGGUUUGGACCUCAUUCCUCGACCCCCAGCAACGUCAACGUCUUGAUCGAUCUGAAAUGGCACGAAAUCACAUCGCUGAUUACCGUAUCUUGAACAUCGACUUUUACCCUCGCGAAUCACACCUGGUCACCUUCCGCGAUCCGUGGAGCUUCCCGGUGUUGUUCCAUCCAGCCUGCAACGGAUUGGUCCGCAAACAUCUCGAAGAGUUGGCUCAAAAGAUUGUUUCGCUCUGCGCCUGCCUCGGCGAGUAUCCUGUGAUCCGCUAUUACCGACCGCGUGCCCCGUCCCAUGAAGCUGGUGUGCUAUGCUCUCACCUCGCUCGUUUUGUCCAAAGUGAAUUGGAUCAAUUCGCGCAAUUCCAGCGUGACUUCCCUCCUCCAUCAAACCGACCCCGCGGAGUGCUACUUGUUGUUGACCGGUCUAUGGACGUUUUUGCGCCACUUCUCCAUGAAUUUACUUAUGGGGCUAUGGUUUUCGACCUGUUGCCAGUCAAGGAUGGAGAAAAAAUUACAUAUAAGACCUUGCUUAACCAAGGCAAGCCCAACGAGGAGCUUAAAGAGAUGGAGAUUGGCGAGCAGGACAAGGUCUGGGUAGACUAUCGACACAUGCACAUGAGGGCAGUGCUCGAGAAACUUGGCGAUGACUUUGCCAAGUUCAGAGCAGCGAACCCACAAUUUGCUGAAGACCGGAUCUCCAGCAAUGAAAAACUCAGUGUGAAUACGAUCAGGGACAUGUUGGUUGGUCUGAACGAAUUCACGGCAGGCAAAGACGCGUACACGCUGCAUUUGAAUAUGGCAGAGGAGUGUAUGAAGUUCUUCCAGGAGCGUAAGCUCAUUGAGGUCAGUUCUAUUGAACAGUCCUUUGCAACUGGACUCGAUGAGAAUUUCAAGAAAGCCAAAAACUUGGCAGCGCAACUCGUACAGUUGCUAGAUGACGAAUCUGUCAUUCCUCAAGAUCGACUGCGGUUGAUUCUAUUAUAUAUUAUGUACCGUGGUGGUCUACUGGGCGGUGAUAUUCGAAAACUGAUGGCACAUGCCCAGCUUCCUGGUUCAGACGGGCAAGUAAUUGCUAAUCUGGGCCUUCUUGGAGUUCGCGUGGAGAAACCACUCAAAGAUGAAAAGCCGGCGGUGCAGCCGUUGUUCAACCGCAAGACUCCAUCUCCAGACUCGGAAGAGCUCAGCCUAGCCCGCUAUGAAUUGAAUCUCAAGCAGAUGCUGGAGGAGCAAAUCAAGGGCACGUUGGACUCGACCACUUUCCCUUACACAAGACCUCACACCGAAACUGAUGGCGGAAUGGCCGCUCAGGAGAUGCUCUCUCAGCAAGCAUCUCUGCGCAGUGCCAAACCAACCUGGGCGCGUACUCGCGCUGUUGAUCAGCCCCGCCAGCGCAUGAUUGUCUUUAUGGCUGGUGGUGCCACCCACUCAGAGGCUCGCGCCUGUUUUGAGGUCUCGCAGGCCUAUAACCGGGAUGUGUUCCUAGCCACCACCCACAUGCUGACCCCAGCUCUCUUCAUACGUCAAGUUGGGGAUCUCAGUGUCGACAAGCGUCGUUUGGACCUCCCGGCCGAUCGGCCGAAGCCUACUGCCCCUGCUCAUUUGUUCGAGAAGAGCACCCCUUCACCCGCCCCUUCUCAACCACAAAAGAAGCCUGUUCGGCCGCCCAAUCUCAACCCGCCUGUAGCUCCGGGGGACAGGAUGGCGAACCUGUCUCUCAAUAACGGAUCGGCAGCUCCACCUGGUGGCAAACCUCAGAAGAAGGAUAAGGACAAGAAAGACAAGGAGAAGAAGUACCGGUUCUUCAAAUAG